CCCUAAGUACUAUAUAAUCCUCCCCACUUGUUAGCAGCUUGUUGCAUAAGAUCUUAUAGCUAUCUGCUGAUCCAUCUAUCUAUCUAGAAAGCUUUCUGAUCAUCAAGUACAUUACUUCAGUUUCUAAUUUCUUUUCUCUCAUCUUACUUGGGUUCCUACUCCAUCCAUGGCUAGCUUCUUUUUGGUUAACGUUCGUAGUUUUUGGAUGAUGUUAAUGGUCCUGGCAUUUGGAAGUAGCUGUUACAACACUCAUCAAGCUGAGGCUGCUCGGGCUUUCUUCGUGUUUGGAGAUUCUUUGGUCGAUAACGGUAACAAUAACUACUUGGCAACCACUGCCCGAGCAGACUCCCCUCCCUACGGAAUCGAUUACCCAACUCACAGCCCCACUGGACGAUUCUCUAAUGGCCUCAACAUUCCUGAUUUUAUCAGUCGGGAACUUGGCUCGGAAUCACUGCUGCCAUACUUGAGCCCAGAGCUCAGUGGAGAAAGACUACUCGUUGGUGCCAACUUUGCUUCUGCUGGCAUUGGAAUCCUCAAUGACACCGGAGUUCAGUUUAUAAACAUAAUCAGAAUGUACAGACAACUGGAAUACUUCCAAGAGUACCAGCGGCGAGUGGCUGCAAUUGUUGGAGAGGACCAGGCUCAACAACUAGUUAACGAAGCACUCGUCCUUAUCACUGUCGGCGGUAACGAUUUCGUGAACAACUACUACCUUGUACCUUUCUCUGCCAGAUCCCGCCAAUACGCUCUCCCUGAUUAUGUCAAGUACCUCAUUUCCGAGUACCGAAAACUUCUUCACAGUCUAUAUGACCUUGGAGCACGCAGAGUUCUUGUGACAGGAACUGGACCACUGGGUUGCGUUCCAGCAGAAUUGGCCAUGCGAGGCACAAAUGGGCAGUGCUCCACUGAGCUGCAACGAGCUGCGGCUUUGUUCAACCCACAACUUGUUCAGAUGAUUAGGGGACUAAACAGUGAUCUCGGUUCUGAUGUUUUUGUCGCUGCUAAUACACAGCAAAUGAGCAAUGAUUUCAUCCGUGAUCCUCAGGCAUAUGGAUUUGUUACAUCGAAGGUAGCAUGCUGUGGUCAAGGACCCUAUAACGGUAUCGGACUUUGCACAUUGGCUUCCAACCUGUGCCCAAACAGAGAUGUUUAUGCAUUUUGGGAUGCAUUCCAUCCAUCAGAGAGAGCAAACGGCAUAAUCGUUCAGCAGAUCUUGACUGGCUCUACCACUUACAUGUACCCCAUGAAUCUCAGCACCAUCAUGGCCUUGGACUCCAGGACCUAAUUAAUUAAUUAUUAUAUAUAUAUAUAUAUAUAUAUAUAUAUAUUCCACCUGGUGAAACCAUCCGUCUUUAUAUUACUGUAUUAUGCAUUACAUUUCAGGUUAUUUAUGUCCUGGAUUAAUGGUUU